ACGUUUGAUGUUGCUAGUGAAAAAUUUCUAAAAAAAAUUUCGUCUUGCAAAAAUUUUUCGGUUCAUUUGCAUUUUGAUUUUAACUUGUAUUUGCAAUCCGCUUGUUAGAAACCGAUUACAAAGGGAACCUGAAACCUGCAAAGAAGUUUAAGCAAUAUGCAAAAUUAUCAACGUUAAAAACACAAAUAAGUGAAGAACAAAAACGACCUACGCGAAAUUGAAAUAGAAAAGAGUGAAAACGAAUGCUUACAAAUAUCGAAAAUUCAACUGAAAUGCGAAAAAUCAAUUGCCGAGGUUUAACGUAAACAUUCGAACAAUUAACGAGUUAUAUUCAAUCAGUUUCGAGGCAGAAUAGCAUCCGAAAGAUAUAAAUACAACGUGUCCACGCCCACAUCAGAAGUUUUGAUAAAAUAAUUUGUUUGUGUUUGUCCCGACGUAUGUAUGCCUGUGUUAUGAAGAUAGUUCUACCAAAGACAAGUAUUGCACCACAAAUUUGAUUUGUGGUCUAACAAUUGCAUUUGGUAGCUUAAUUUUUUCAUGCGCCAAAUACCAAUCUAUGCAGGAGACUCAUACGCAUAACAACAACAAAGACAAUUGAAGCAGCAAAAACUGCGCAAGUGACUCAACAGCUGCUACCACUACUUCCAACGAUACCAGCUCAGCUUAUUAUAUUUCGUUGUACUACGCUUCACACGCAAAGCUGUCGUUACAAGAGCUUCACAACUGGUGGCGCUACUAUUGUCACUCAGUGGCCUUACUGGUUUUUAAUACAUAUUAGUAAUGAAAUAAAUUUGAUUACUGGACAACAGUUUCAUACAUGUCAUCAUCCCAGUGACGCACAUUAUUCCCCCGGAUCGGUCUUUUCAUGGAUUGUUUUUAAACACUUAGGAACUUCUUAAAUUAAAUUCAAUCUAUAUAUAUGUAUAUGUAUAUAUAUUUGCAUGUGAUGGGAUUAUACACUAAAAAGUAAAAAUUUUAUUUAAGUGUUAUUACGCGUUGUAGUCGGUGCUUGGUAAAAUUUAAAAUCAACAUUAAUAAACAUACAUAUAUGUAAAUGAGUGCAACCAUGAGAUCUCACGAUGGACAGGCGGGUUCAGGUCCACGGGCUAAGUUGAAUGCAUCCAGCGCACUAUUGACCUCGGAGGAAAAUGAGAAUGUAUUCCGGCUGCUAGGAAAGAAGUGCCAGACGCUGAACACAGCUGUAGUGCAGAUCUACAAAACUGAAGGGUCCGCCCACUCGCAUUGGAAGAAGAAGCACACGGGUGUCGUUUGCUUUGUAAAGGACAGUGGAAUGCGUUCGUACUUUCUGCGCGCCUACUGUUUAAUAAAGAACGAACUGAUUUGGGAACACGAGCUGUACGAUGCUAUGAAAAUCAUUAAAGCGCGUCCAUUUUUACUCACCUUCGAAGGACAGGAUGGACACGUAGGCUUAAACUUUGUGUCGGAGGAAGAGUGCGAUUCGUUUUAUAGAGCUGUGGACACGACAAUUGAAACGAGAAAUCGCAAGAAAUUAGAAAAACGGAAUCGCGCAAAAGCGCAAGCUGCGCCAAAUAUACCACCACCGGUGGCUAGAGAAGCAAACAGAUCCACAUCCGCGACCAAUCAGACGACUACAGACUCUGGCGUUCAACUUCGCAAUCACCCACAAAAAAUCAAUUCUGUCACACUGACGCCUGGUCCCAACCCAGUAGCGCCUUCCAAAAACUUCCUUAGUACUAGUUUUGGUCUGUCGGGUUCAUCAAGCAAAGAUAAGGCGAAACGAAAAGUUACUAAAGCGGAUAUCAGUACGCCAACAAAUUUCGUGCAUAUCAGCCAUGUCGGCUGGGAUGCUGAUAAGGGCUUCGAUUUAACUGGCAAUGAGAACGAUGAAGUACUCACUAGCUUCUUCGCUAAAGCUGGCGUAUCCGAAAAUGAACUGAAGGACCGCGACACGCGUGCCUUUAUCUACGACUUCAUUCAAAGCAACAACGUACUGGCAUCGGUCAAAUCGGAGCGCGUGGAAUCGCCAAAAGCUACGGCGCCCACCGCGCCGCCACCUGUGCCAAGUCGUCACCAGCAUCAUCAAAAUGGCACAACUGUAAGCCAAAGAACUGCGCCUCCACCGCCACCACCGGCGAGACAACCUCCACCACCGGUGCCAACAACAGUACCGGGGGCAACACGUGCACCAGCACCACCCACAAGACCGCCUCCCAUAAAUGUAGCGCCACCUCCACCAGCACCACCACAGCCUGCUGUAGCUGCGCCAGCGGCAGCUCCACCACCACCUCCGCCGCCGCCACCACCGCCACCGCCAGCCAUGGUCGAGUCGCAGGUAAUAAGCACGACGGAUGCGCCGGCAGCAGAAACGAAACGGCCAAUAGCGCAACUACCCGUCGUACCAGAUGUGCGCAGCCAACUCCUGGAGAGCAUACGUAAAGGAACUGUAUUAAAGAAAGUAGAUACCGCAGCACUGAGCACAGGCAGUGGCGAUUCACACAGUGAUCUAAUGUCUGAAAUUCGCAGCGGUUUCGAGCUGAAGCCAUCGCAUGAUCGCGCGCCCAUCAAUCGCAAUAGCGAUGACGGCACGGGUCCGGCUGCCAGCGAUGCGCUGGCCGUUGCGCUGAGGCGCGCGCUACUUGAACGCGAACGCGUCAUGCAACCGUCAGAUGAUGAGAACGACGAUUCGUCGGGUAAUGACGAUGAAUGGGAGGAUUAAACGCUAACUAACUAAGUAGAUUGCAACAAAGUUGUGAUGUUAUGCGCAUGUACGUUAACAAUACAUGUUAUAGUGUGUAUUAAAGGCAAAUGAAUUCGUUCUAAAGUCAAAUAUUGCAUUGAAGUUUCGUUAGGUAUUUAAAUCUUAUAAAGCAAUUUAUACGCAUUUUAAAGCAAUACAUAGCCAUUAGCCAUUUUCUAUGUAUCCAAACACUGUUAUGUAUUUUCGAUUUUGAAAAUAGUGAUGCCAAUCGAAAAUGUAUUAUGUACAUAUUUAUACAAAACUCAUGACCAGAUAGGUGGAGUAAAGGUGAAACAGAAAUAAAAAUUUAGACAAGUUUACGAUUUCCUGAAUGAUUUAAUUGUUAACAACUAAUCAGCUAUGAAUAUGUAGCAUAACCGGUUUAAUGAAAUAAUUUGCUCCAACGCAAUAUAUGGUUGGCAUCGCUGCAGUGUUGUGUUUUAAGGAGUGGUUUAUUUCUUAAUGAAAUGAUUUCCUAAUGUUCAUCUUAUAAUACUGUGCUGUAUACUUUAGAAACCAUCUUUUUAACUAUAUAUUAGAGGGUGCUUCUUUAUUUACUAAUUUAAUCAUUGACAGUAUACUUAAUACACAGUACAGUUGUAAAUUGCAUAUCUCUGCUCAAGUAAGCUAAACAUUAAUUACAUUUAAGUAGCAAAUAUUCAAGAAAAUAUGUGAAUGUCUUUGGAACCGAAGAAAUUCCAAAAAGUGAUAGUCUUAGGGAAUAUUUCACUUGGGUG